CAAAGAAAAAAUGUUAGUACCUCAGGUUUGGAGUUUGCUUAAGGCCCCCAAAAUGAUAAACACGCCCCUGCUUAAAACAGUUGCGAUGGAGAAGCUCAUUGUGUUUCAUCGGACGUACGCGGUGGCCUGGAAAUUAACUUCCGGUUUGGUUAUAAUGUAACAACGUAUUUUAUAUUUAAUUUGCAUUAAUAUUUAUUUAUAUUAAUAUGUUAUUAUAUAUUCAUUGUAUUAACUUACAUUAAUAGAACUACUCAACAGGGAUUCUUUGCGGAGGUCUUCUGGAAGUUUGGGCUGCGUAAUGUUUGUAUUUGUUGUUGCCGCUCAAAACGUCUUAACUCUGUCAACAUGUUUAAUUUUUGCAUUAAGAAAAUUAACCUUUGAUUUUGAAAUUAACAUUUGCACGGUUGCAUUGUGACGUUAUUCUGUUUAUUUAUUGGCGAUAAAACAAGUCCGCUACUCAUCAACGCCUCGCGACGGUUGAUAAGGCAUCUUGUUGCCAGGGAAAUGGCGGAGGGGCGGGAAGCGCGAGGGGGGCGGGUCAUCCCUAACGAGUCGAUCCGGAAGUGGUAAAUCUCUCUGACUACAUACACAGAGAGCGGCGGCGUCAAAUGCAGACACAAUCAGUGCACAAGCGCACAUACACAUACCGCCGGUCAAAUAAGCGUCCACAAAGCCUCAGAUCGCUAGAUAAUAUCACUGCAGAGUGCAGACUGGAUUAUAAUUUUACAACAGAGCGAGAAAAAGCACGCAGAGGAAGAGAAAUGGACAACACCUUCACGAAUGGAGAGAUCGGAAUAUUGACAGCAGUGACGGGGAACGUUAAAGGGGAUCUACGGAGGCGACGAUGAAGAAAAGUCAAAAGUAAAGACACCGACAGUCUGCAUCGUUUCGUUGUUUUACCUCAUCCUGGUGAGAGAUGAUGAAAGCCCUUUCUUCACUCCGGUCCCUCUUGUGGUGUCACUGGGCCAUGGUUCGCAAGAAAGGAUCUCUUAUUUUGUGCGGAGCAUUUUUGUUCGUCGCAUGGAAUGCCUUGCUCCUCCUCUUUUUAUGGGGGAGGUCUCCCAUCGGUCGACUCGGCGAGGGAGGUGGAGCCGAACCGGGAGCUGGAGAGGAGUGGGGAGCCGGAACAGCAAAAAUGGCCGGAGCCAACGGACUGGCCAUCGAAGUGAUCAGAUUGGCAGAAGAAGUAGAAUCGGAACUGGAGACUCAGAAAAAGCUUCUCAAACAGAUACAGAGUCACAGGGAAUUGUGGGAACAGCAGAAAGAAUUGGGAAAGAGGGAAUCUGAGAACGCUAAAGACGACAAGAACAUCGAGGAGCCUAAAAAAACUCAGCAGUUUCCUGCAGUACCGCUAAAUCGUAAAAUUGUAGAUGAUACGAAAACUGUUAUGAAAAAUGCACUUGUGGUUACACCACCUCAUCCGGACACAGACGAGGAGAAAGCAGACCAAAAACAGGAAAUGUCGGAAAAUAAAGUAGACCUCACUAAACCUAGUCCUCAGAUCAUAAUCCCAAUUCUAGUCAUAGCCUGUGACAGAGUAACAGUGAAGAGGAGUUUGGAUAAAUUGAUACAGUACCGCCCAUCUCCUGAGCUUUUCCCGAUCAUUGUCAGCCAGGACUGUGGCCACGCAGAUACGGCAAGGGUGAUUGGCUCCUAUGGUAGUCAGAUAACCCACAUUAGCCAACCGGAUCUUGCCGACAUUCCAGUACGACCCGAUCACAGGAAGUUCCAGGGAUACUACAAGAUUGCCAGGCACUACCGUUGGGCGUUGAAUCAAGUGUUCAAUGUCUUCGCUUACUCUACUGUCGUCAUUGUGGAGGAUGACCUGGAGGUGGCCCCGGACUUUUUUGAGUAUUUCCAUGCUCUCUACCCUAUUUUGCAUUCCGACCCUACCCUGUGGUGCGUUUCCGCAUGGAAUGAUAACGGCCGGGAGGGGCUGGUGGACCCGGGCAAGGCCGACCUGCUUUACCGGACAGAUUUCUUUCCAGGCCUCGGAUGGAUGCUUUUAAAGGAAGUAUGGGCAGAGUUGGAGCCCAAGUGGCCCAAGGCGUUCUGGGACGACUGGAUGCGCCACCCCGAGCAACGAAAGGAGCGUUCGUGCAUUCGUCCCGAGAUCUCGCGGACUAUAACAUUCGGCCGGAAAGGAGUCAGUUUGGGUCAAUUUUUUGACCAGUAUCUGCGCUACAUAAAACUCAACAUUGAAUUAGUGCCUUUCACUAAACUGGACUUGUCUUAUUUGGUCAGGGAGAGGUAUGAUGAAGACUUUAACAAGGACGUCUACAGCGCCCCCUUGGUGAAGGUUGAGGAACUACAGCAUGGCGGAAGCCUGAAGGGCUCCGGACCGUUUAGAGUUCAGUAUUCCAGCAGAGACAGCUUUAAAGUGCUGGCACGCAAUUUGGGAGCGAUGGACGACUUGAAGUCAGGGGUUCCCCGCACUGGGUACAGGGGCAUAGUCAGUUUCAUCUCCCGCGGCCGAAGAAUUUAUCUGGCACCGCAUGAGGGCUGGACAAAAUAUGACACCAGCUGGAGCUGAGAGGGAUGAGGUUCGGAUAUGGACCACAAAAAAACAGAAAGACAAAACUCACAACUAAUAUUACAAGUACAGGAGGAAACACCCUCUCAAACCAAAGAAAACAGGCAGGGUGUGACAGAUUGUGGAAAGGUUAACAGUAAGAAAUUAGCGUAAACUGCAGGUUUGUUAUGAACACCCAGGCAUGCUGGGAACAGCACAAAAGAGGGCCCAUCAUACUAUAUGUGCGCAGCAAUCCUGCAGCAAGCUGCCCUCGUGGAAAACAUUACGUCGAAACGCCUCCACUGAAUACUAAAAGUCUGAUGUGGGGUAAAAAUGUUACCGUACCACAAUGAAGUGAAGUUUACUGUCCAGGUCACAUUUCACCUUCAAAACAAAUGAAAUGAUUAUACGCAUUUUCUGAGAACCAUUUUACUGUCGUCAUUUUCAUAAAAAAAGCAUUUUGUCCCCCAAGUCUCAUUACCGUAAUGCCGCAAUCUUUAACUUUGGAUUUAUUUUGUAACUCUAAAUGCUCAGUGAUGAUUUAUUACUGAAAUGCAGUUUUUAUUGUUUAAAUAAUUACUGUGUAAUGAUCUUAUUUAAAUCAGCACUACAAGUUCUACUGUAAUGUAUAAUUAUAAUUUAAAUAUCAUUUUUUAUUGCGGUAAUGAGAUUUGGGGAUGUUUAAUUGUAUGCAAAUGAAAAAAUAUGAAUUGUCCUAAAUUGGCUUAAUCUUAUUUAAGCAAAAUAUUAUGGCUCAAUUAUUUCUUUUGAUUUUGGGGGGUAAAAUAUGUGACCCUGGAUCACAAAACCAGUCUUAAGUAGCACGGGAACAUUUUUAGUAAAAGACAAAAAUACAUUGUGUGGGUCAAAAUUAUCGAUUUUUCUUUUAUGCCAAAAAUCAUUAGGAUAUUAAGUAAAGAUCAUGUUCCAUGAAGAUAUUUUGUAAAUUUCCUACCUUAAAUAUAUAAAAACUUUUUUUGUGAGUGGAUGGUCUGCCACGGUGCCCCUGAUUAACAACUUCAAAGGCAAUUUUCUCAAUAUUUUGAUUUUUUUGCGCUCUCAGAUUCCUGAGUUUUAAACGGUUGUAUCUCAGCCAGAUAUUGUCCUAUUCUAACAACUCAUAUAGCUAUAGAAAGUUUAUUUAUUCAGCUUUCAGAUUAUGUAAAAAUCUCAAUUUCGAAAAAUUGACCCAUAAAACUGGUUUUGUUGUCCAGGGUCACAUAUGAUCCGGAGAUUAGAUUCACCCUAAAGAGUUUCAGAGUUUUUAUUACUCUCAGACAUUCUAAAUGAGAUUAUUUACACGAAUAUAAAUGAAGAUUACAGCCGUCUGAUUUGACUGAUGCAUUCAUACAAAACUCAUUUUACCUUUUAUGUAGCACCAUUAAAUCGAUGAAGUUAAAGCUUGUGCCGGGCUUGUGUUAUCUGACAUACCAAAACUCUGUGCCAUUCUGUUACAGUACUGUACUUGAACCUUUUUUUAUCGUUCUUUCUGUUUAGGGAGAGCUGUCAUUGCAUUUUAAAGAUGUUUGUGGGUUUGUUGCAAAACCAGUGGUGAUGGAUAUCGCUUUAUAUGUCUUUAUGGUUGAACCAGAGGUGAGAGGGAACAUUUUAAUGAAACGUCUGGGAAAGAAAAGAUCUGAUAUUAAUGCAUAUGCAGUAUGAAGAAGUGUGAAACCACUGCCUGACAUGUUUAUAACUUUAAUACAUUGAGAAUAAAACAGACUAUUUUGAUAUUUGACAACAUGUCGUCGUUUUUGUGUUUCACAAGCUUGAAUGUCGGAUCCCUCAUCUGAGGUUCAUAACGUGUUUUUUGUUCAUGUUGUUGAAGCUGAAAUCUUAUAUGACCUUCUUCCACAGAUCAUUUAUCUAAACUCCCAACAUCAGCACUCAUCCUGGCGCCACCGUGACACCUUUAACAUGUCUGUUGCUCCAGAUUUCCUUUCACGCUCCUCUUAUGUCCUG